CGUCACUUGUCGUUGUUUAAUUUCCCUGGCAACACGUGCAAUCCCAACACCAGUCACUCCCCAUUUCAGUCGAUUUUAUCUCAUUACUUAAAUAAUCGAUUAACAAAUUGAGCGAUCGUUGGAUUAAAUCAAUCAAUCGUGGAUCGUUCGAGUGAUACCGGAGGUCAGUGUUUGGCCCCUAAGACAACCAGGAAGUCCCGUCGUCGCAAGCCGCGCAGCACCAGCUCCAAGGCUCGAACAAUGACGAAUUCAUCAGGCGAGGGUGGCCGUGAGACAUCGAAAUCCGGUGAUCACCCAACAAUAUCAAAUUCAGCUCAUCACAUACAGUCACGAAACAGUAGUACCUAUGGACAUACCACAAUGCGACCCAGAUCUCUGUACACCACUCACAGCUUUACGCCACAGGCGGAUAAUACUAAUUUUCAACGUUACCCCGAGUUCUCUAAAUACUUGGAGACGCCUCCUGGUGAACAAUGGCACAAUAUGGCUGGGGGUGCCGCCUCGUACCCCAACGGACUCCUGUGGCGCCCCAGGAACUCCAAGGGGGCUCAGUACUACCCAGAGGACAAUUCGUAUCAGGAAAACUGGCGGGACCACGAGACCCCUGAGGGCACGACUGUCGGGGCUGUUGCCACCCCUCACGGAACUAUUUCUCUUCGUCUUCACAACAGAAUUCGAGUGGACAUGACUAUUGAUAGAGCUGUCAGAGUCAUUAAUUUCAAGAACAAUAUUGUGCUCUCCCUGAACGGUUCAGGCUCAGCAGCCGCUCUGCUGCACCCCAAUGGGCGCAUCUACCAGUACGGAUCACGUGUUGAAAUCCUGGCUCAUGACUCCCACGGAAACAACAAGUACGCGAAGAUGUGGUACAAGGGCGUCAGCUUCACCUCGGAACAGUGUGCUCUCGUGUAUUUGGUUGAUGCUGCUGGCACCAGGACGACUACUGAUUCAUUUUCAGACAUGAAUCAGGACUUCUCCCUGAGCGUCUUCUACUCAGAGUCUCGUCACGGUCCAGGCUGCCUCCAGGAGGCCACCGCAGCCCUCGGCGCCGCCCAGUACUGGUUGACGGACGAGGGCGUCGAGAACUGGAUGAUAAACAAUGUCAGGAUCUCCCAGACUCCCGAUGGCCUCGUGAGAAUCGCCAGGAACAGCAACAAGUACCAGCUGAGGACAUCCCCCAGUAAUGGCACUGCCUCCCUGACGACUCCCUUCCUCCACUGCACAGCCUCACUCGGACAAACCUCACACCUCUUCGUCAGGAGGGGCGAGAGGAGAAUGCACUACGACGGCACCAGCUUCAUCGUCAGAAAUGCUGGUCACAGUGCUGGCUUCGACGAUAACAAUCAGCUGAAGGUUUAUUAAUCCCUCCAGGGGGUCAACUCAGUUGUUUCAGGGGAUUAAUUAGCGAAGGGGUAAUUAGGGAGGAUUUAAAGUGGAAUUAUUGAAGGGAAUUCUCUGGAGAAGGAAAAAUCAUUUUCUUUAAUCGAGAUUUUGGAGGGGAAGGAGGGGGUUUGGGAGAAAAAGUCGUAAGGGAUUUUCGGUUGGAAAUUUAAUUCUCUACAAGAAAGAUCGGAUCAUGUUUUCUCGUAGGGGUCAUUGGUAACGAGAUAAUGAGGGAAGUACGUCGAGAAGUCAAUUAAAUCAAUAUUUUAGGUAAGGACUUUGCGAUUAUCUAAAUAAUCUUGAGGUUAGUCAAAAAUUCCUCGACUCAACAUCAAAAUCUCCAACUAAGGGUAAAAUUUAUGUAAAAAGUAAUCCCCUCCCCUGGAUUUUUUUUUCUUCAAUUUUUCCCCAAAAUUUUC